AUGAAGAAUAUCCUGAUGUUGAAGUACUUAUUUAUAUUUGCAGUUAUCUUCUCGCCUUUAACAGAGUAUGGACGACUUGGACGCAUGGCUAGGGCAUCUUGUGUAGUAUCUGAGAGCAAACUCACUGAGUGCAGCUCUAGUAUUGUGACCUACUACAAUACGACCGUGAGUGCAGUGAUAAACACUAAUGAGAGCAGUGCGGUACUGUCUGCAGCAGCACAAAGCUUCACAGAUUUCUUCUGCAGCGAGUACGAUGGCAUGAUAGACUGUGUCGACGCCCUAAAUACUUCUGAAACAUCAUCAUGCUUCAUUGAUGGCUCUUUGUUUCGAAAUCCUGCGUAUCUUUUAUUUGACGGAGAGAGUUCGACGACAACACCGGUCGAACUCACGUACAAUGGCUUCCGAUUCUACCGCGACGCAGCGAUGGCCGUCAAGGAGUUUCUUUGCGGUUCCUCUCUUCACCUUCUAAAGGUUGCCACGUCUGAGACAGAGAUAGAAUGCAGCAGGCAACUUCGCCUGCUGAACGGUUCUGAGGUACAGCUGCGACACAUGGCAAACGCUGCCAUGGACACUAUCCAGUGGAACACCGAUGGGGGCUUGCUCUCUGACAGUGACUGCGAGAGUCUGCGAGAACUGUUCACUUCCGUCGGGAAGGCGUACACUUCGUGCCAUCUGACCUACGAACUUCUAAGCGGGUUGUUCGAUGUCAUCACAUCGAACGUGUGUCCUGCGCUGAUCGCCGAACACGACAUAGACCACGAGACGGUGCACGAUGAGCACGAUGCAUGCCCGCUGCUCGCACCAACCCCGCUGCUGCUGCUGCUGCUGCUGCUGUUGGCAUCGUCGACUGCCGCUCUGCAUCAAGCCUUGUGACUGCUAGGUCAAGUCGUUGUCGGUCAACGCCGAAGCCGCAUGAAGUCACAUCACUGCCAGGUGCUGCUCUCUCGACAGCUUCUCUCCAUAAAGAUGGCCGCGUGGUGCCACAUUGGCGUGGUGCCACAUUGGCGUGGUGCCACAUUAGCGUGGUACAUUAGUGUGGUGCCACAUUGGCGUGGUGCCACAUUGGCAUGGUACAUUAGCGUGGUGCCACAUUGGCGUGGUGCCACAUUAGCGUGGUGCCACAUUGGCGUGGUGCCACAUUGUCGUGGUGCCACAUUAGCGUGGUGCCACAUUGGCGUGGUGCCACAUUGGCGUGGUGCCAUAUUAGUGUGGUGCCACAUUGGCCCUCUAAAAACCGGGUGGUGUCCAUGGCUGAUACUUCCACGCAUCCC